GCAGGCACAUCUUUUUCUGCUCAGAGCUCACUAACCCUCUGUCCCAGCUGCGUGCCAGCCCAGAGAUGUAAUGUCUGCUGAACUGCAGGGAAAUCACCAGAGAACUGCUGCACGAGUUCUCAGCUCAGCUCCAGAGGCCAAGCCCAGUGUGGUUCCAAAGAAAACCCAUCAGUGGUGAUGCUGCAGGAGAGGUCUCACGUGGGGGCCCUGGAUGGGAAGGGCAGCUCUGCUCUUCUGUAGCUGAUGGGAGAGGACAGCAGCUUGGUACCAGGAGCUACCAAGAGCUGGCAGGAUGAGUUCCAGCCCACCCUCUGUGCAUGACCCAGAUCACAGCACCCCCAGCACGGCUGGGCCAGCGCCAGGGACAGCUCUGGAUGUGACUGUACCACCAACACCCCCCGUAAGCCCUGAGACCACCACUUUCAACAGCACCAAAAUCCCAGACGUGGCCAGCACUGGACCUGGCAUGAGCACCAUGCUGCUUUCCUUUGGGAUCCUUACUGUGAUUGGGUUGGCUGUAGCAAUGGUUCUGUAUAUCAGGAAGAGGAAGAGGUUGGAGAAGCUGCGGCACCAGCUCAUGCCCAUGUACAACUUUGACCCCACCGAGGAGCAGGACGAGCUGGAGCAGGAGCUGCUGGAGCACGGGCGGGAUGCAGCAUCUUCCCAGGCAUCCCAGAGCAAGGUGCUGCUGCCCAGCCAGGGCGCCCUGCAGAGACCCAGCCGCCUCGUGUUCACCGACGUGGCCAACGCCAUCAACGCAUGACAGGACCUGCCCCGCUCCCGGAUCCACUGACAGCAACGAGGAGGCCAAGAGCAGUGACUGCCCUCGAGCAUGGCUGAUCCACUGAGCCCAGCUGGUCACCUGUUGGUUUGUGUCACACACGGGCACAGCAGUGCCAUCAAACCCUUUGGCAGGGCAGUGGUGAUUUUCUGGUGUGUGUGUUGCCACUGAAAGGUCCUGACUCCGCUUUCCAAGGGCUGGCACUGCCUGACACCGCCUCCCAAGCUCUGUGCUCAGGAGCAGUGCCUGCUUUGUGUCAUUCACGUGUCAGAGCACAGAGCUGUGCCCUCUGGCUCAGGGAAGGAGGGAGGUGCACAGGUCAGAGGCCUUCCCCUGGCUGUGUGUGCCCAGGCCCAGGGAAGGCGAUGGAGGAGUCGCAGUGUGCAGUGACCAAGCUCUGGCAGCUCCUGGGCGGGGACUGGUGGCAAAGCCUCUGACCCAGGGGAGCUGCCAGCCCCAGCUGAGGGGUGAGCUGGGGCACAGCAGGGAGAACAGCCACGGGAUCAUCCCCUCCCAGGCCUGUGGCUGCUGAUAAAUGUGCACCAGGGGGAUGUUGAAGCACAGGGAAUUCACUGGCUUUAAAAAGUGGAACAGUGAGCAUUUGGCUGAUAACAACUGAGGAAGUGGCUGAAUAUUCCAAAUUAGAGCUGCUGUACAGACAGGAGUGUUUCACACAGCUAGAGGCUGGGACUGUCACUGUCUGCCUAUGUGAGCCCUGCUGCUGAGCCAGGAAUAACAGUGCUUGGGCCACAAAGAGGAGUUGAGCAGAACUAGGGUUCCAAUACCAUUUAUCCCCUCCUGCUUUGGCUCAGGGAAGUUUCUACAGUGCAGAGUCUUAUCCAGGAAAAAAGAUUAAGCUUUGAAAUACUUCCUUUUAAAAAAGGAAAAACGUGUAUUGGCUCAACAACAGCCCAAUGUCUGCCCACAGAGGUGACUAACAGCUGGUUUGUACUUCCUUACCUGCCAGGACCUGCAGUCAGAGCCUUCUCUUCUUCCUGCUGAAGGGAACACAGAGCUUUGCAUUAGCCUCUGCUCGAGUUACCUGCUAGGAACAGGUAGGUGGGACUAGACAGGUAAGCCAGGGGUUUCCCUGUAGCCCUGAAGCAUCUCUCUGCCUGUGCACCCUUCAGGGCUGCUGGAGGAACAGAGUGCAGGGGGUCUGUGGCCACCUUGGCAUGUGGCAGGCAGUGUGGGGGCGCUGGCCCUGAGUGUGCAGACCAGCACAGCAGCCAGGGACCAGCAGCAGUGCCCAGCCCUGCCCUGAUCUUUGUGUGGUUACAGGCAUUUGUCAAUCAGAUUUUAAUUCCAUCCACAGCACCAGGUAAAAGGGAACCAGGGCAAGGCAAAAUUGGAAUGCAGAUCUAAAGCUUUAUGCAAGGAGUUGUUUCUGGGUAGCAAUUCAGGUAUCAUGUGCUUUGUUUCAAGUCUGGACCUGCCACUUAGUUCUUGUUCUCCCAAAUACUUUCUUUUCUUCCCCUGUGUGAUUGUUUUUCCCAUAUUCAUUAAAUGCAGACUCUUCCUGGGCCCUUUUCCUGUCCCUGACCCCUGCAGGGCACAGCUCUUUACCAGCAUUCCCUCUUCCACUGACACAGCUUCCCACAGGGCUGAGUUGGUUUUGUUUUUCAGUAUCCAGCUGUCUUUUCAGAACUAGGGCUUCCAGGGAGGAUAGUAGGGAUUGGAGCAUGGAAAACAGCCCAGUCCUCACUGCCAGGAGAUGUGGCAGGGGGCACUCCCAGGCUGCUGCUGUUUGCCCCCAGGGAUGCUGCUGGAGUGAAGGUGCACAGGUACAAAUACUCAGCAUAAUGCAAAUUAGGUCCUUAGAAUUUUGAGUCUGUCUGUGGGUAUUCUAGUGAUCAGCUGAGAGACAAACACCCCCCAACACACAAACUUCUCCUCUCCUGCAAGUGUUCACUGGGAGCAGCCACACAUCUGCUUUCUCCCUGCCCUGCCUGCCCCCUUUCCUGCUCUGCAGCAGCACAGGGAUGCACAGGGCAGGAGUGUCCAGCUGUCUGAAAUCGUGUUUUCCCCAGAACUCUCAGCAGUGGAAGGUCAAUGGUUGUUUCAAACUCAACAAAAGGCAAGUGUGAGCUGAGCUGUUUGCUCAGCGCCUCAGCCCAGUGUGCUGCAGCACAACAAACACACCUACAGAGGAAUUCUCUUGAACCACUCUCCCUGUGAUGGUAGGCUUUGUCCUGUGAUGACUGCCCUUAGAAUAAAGAAGUACAGAUAAUAAGACUAAAAGAAUAUUAUGGGGAAUGGCUGGGCUCAUACUGGAGUAUUCUUUUAGUUGCAUAGCGCCUCUCCUCUCACAGUUCUUGGAUGUAUAAUAGCAGAAGCAUUAUGAUGUAAUUUAAUUCAAGUGUUUCUGUGUUUUAAAGCAUUGAAAUAUAAUUAAACUAUUUACAUGAAAGUCUA